AGCCGCGAGCCGAGCCGCUGGGGAUGCCGGGAGGAGGUGAGCGGGCGGCCGCCCCCUCAGUUUCUUCAGCGGCCGCCCUACCCCAGGAAACUGAGGCCCGCGCCAGCCUACCCCAGGGCAGCUGCCCUGGCCUCACGGCCCUCUCUCUGAGGCCAACAAUGCCCCUGUUUCUCCCCAGCCCUGAUACCAACAGCAAAAUGCAGGAAGUCGAAGACGGUGUGGCCCCUCAGGACGCUGGCGUGGAAGAGAGCGGCUCCUGCGACCCCGGAGGCGCAGGACUGGCCGGGGAAGACGAGAACAGCUCCCGGGACCGACGCCCGUUUCUGACAGAUACCGUUAAUGAAGUUUCCAAGCUGAGCAACAAGACUGGGCUGAACCACAAUUCCCACCUGGAGGAGGUGGUUUUACCUCCAAGCAGGUCUUCAGAAGAGGGAGUAAAAAAUUCAGCUCUUUCAAGGCUCAGACCCUUCCUGAAGAAAGGCAAAAAGAAAGAAGCUCUUAGAUCAUGCAGCAGCUGUCCGGAAGGCAAAGUGGAGGAGACAGUGCACAAUGACUUUUGGGACCAUCUUAAAGAGCAGCUGUCAGCCACUCCUCCUGACUUCAGUUGUGCUCUUGAUCUUCUGAAUGAAAUUAAAGAGAUCUUGUUGUCGCUGCUGUUACCACGCCAGAACCGCCUAAGAAGUGAAAUUGAAGCAGCUUUGGAUGCAGACUUCCUCAAGCAGGAAGCAGAACAUGGGACCCUGGAUGUCUCUUCCCUUUCUAAGUACAUUCUCGACAUGAUGACUCUGUUGUGUGCACCAGUCCGAGAUGAAGCAGUGCAGACACUUGAGGACAUGGUAGACCCUGUCGGGUUAUUGAGAGGGAUCUUCCAGAUUCUGGGUCUGAUGAAAAUGGACAUGGUGAACUACACCAUCCAGAGCCUUCAGCCCCAGCUGGAGGAACACUCUAUCCAGUAUGAGCGGGCUAAAUUCCAGGAACAACUUGACCAGCAUCCCAGCCUCCUUGAUCACACUACCAAGUGGCUGGCUCAAGCAGCAGCAGACCUGACCACACCACCAACUUGCCCAGAUAAUGCCGACUCCUCCGGUGUGGCUGGCCCUUCUCCAAACGAGGCAGCCAGCAACCCUGAGCCCCUCAGCCCUGUGGUGGUGUUGUCCCAAGGCUUCCUGAACCUACUCCUGUGGGACCCUGAAAAUGAAGAGUUCCCUGAGACCCUGCAGAUGGACAGAACCCAGCUACAGGAGCUGGAGGCCGAGCUGCAGCAGUUGACCAUCCUGGCUUCAGUCUUGCUCGUGGCUGGCAGUUUCUCUGGCAGUGUUUUGUGUGGCUCACCCCAGCUUGUGGAUAAACUGAAACGCCUCACCAAGGCCCUAAUGGAGGAAUUCAGUCCCAGGCUCGAGGAUGCUAUGCAGAUUCUGAGUGAACAGGUAUCUCAGGAAAUCCAUCAAAGCCUCAAAAAUAUGGGCCUUGCUGCUCUGAGCAGUGACAACACAGCAUCUCUGAAAAGACAGCUUCAGAACAUUGCCGAAAAGGAGAACUGUGUUCGCAGUGUCAUUGAUCAGCGGAUCCAUUUGUUUCUCAAGUGUUGUUUGCUUCUUGGUGUGCCGCGCUCUCUGUUAGAUCUUCCUGGAGGCCUCGCUCUCAUUGAGACAGAGUUGGCCGAGUUAGGCCAGAAGUUCAUCAACCUGACACAUCACAAUCAGCAGGUGUUUGGCUCUUACUACACCGAGAUCCUCAAAACCCUCACCUCUCCAUCUCAGGCACUAAAAACACAAGUGGAAUCUCUCUGAUGGCACCUGCUCAUACCCUGGCACCUUGGACCCAGGCGAAAGACCCAACAUCUUCCUGAUGGUGUAACAUCAUCAGGGACCAGCAGAGCAGUGAGCCUCAUCCACCCCCACUGCCGGUACACCAAGGGUGUGAGGAUCAAGCCUAUAAGCACCUGCUGGCCCAAACCCACUCGCUAAUAAACCUCUGAACUACAAGGAAACCUCGACAUUUCCUUUGCUGCAGCCGAGGCCCUGUGCCUUCAGUCCCCAGCCAGUGAAGGGGCCAAGAAGCCUUCAGUUUCCUUUCUCUGGCUGCAGCACGCAGAGCUGAGUAGCCAGACACCCAGGCA